CUCAUAUUUCAGUUUUAUUAUAUUUAUAAAGUAUUACAAUAUUCUGGCUUGUUUGUAUUCAACAUAGUCAAUCUCUUUAGUCGGAACAGCUUUACUUUGACUGCGACAUCUGCAUCAUAGACUACUCUUUCAGUCUUUCUGACGAACUGAAAUAAAAUUUUUCAAAUGGAAGUUGGCAUACAAGUCCAUCAUAGAGCGGAGCAUAAUCAUAAUAAUAAUGUGAACAAAGCAGUGGUAAACGGUUCUGUAAACGGAAGUAAAAUGCCACAUAGCCAUCAUACUAAGAACACGACAACUGUGACUUUCGGACAAAAUUAUCAUUCAACAAAUAAGCCCAAUUCCAACUAUAAUAAAGAUGAUAAUCAAAAGCCGAGUGCUGAAGAAACCAAGCAACAAACUGAUAAAAUUAUGAAAGUUUUUUUUAAAUCCAUUGUUGAUAAAAAUGGCGUUGCAGAACAAAUACGAAAAGAAUCUCGGCAAAGAUAUGAAUCACAGGGGUCGGUCUCAGCCCAGCAGUCACAAAGCAAUAAGAUCGUGACGAAUUAUCAUUCUCAAAGACCUAGUACAUCAGAUGGAAGGUCUGAACGACAAACACCAAUAAGAGUACCUUUGCGAAAGGAAUCAAAUGAUGAAGCCCUACAAAAAGUUAUGAGAGGGGAAAUACCAAACUCACUACGUCAUCGAUCAGAUGCGAGCAGUGACAGUGCUGACAGUGAAUUAUAUAAAGAAAGAUUUAAAAGGAGCAAAAGUUUUUCAAAGGCUCAACGACACUCCAUUGUUACUGAAUUAGAAAAUAGAUCACCUAAGACAACUUCCAGAAGAAACAGUGAAGACAUCCGACAGACGUCACCACUUGAAAGCUCGCAAGAAUAUUCUCUGAAGGGUGCAUAUGACAAAAAAGCUGGUUCACCUAUUUCUCACACACGAGCUGUUUCUGAUCCAGUCAUCGUAAGAAACGACGUUACUGGAAAACAUAGAAACAAGGAAAAAGAAAAGGAUAAAGAUAAGAAAAAAUUCUGGAAAAGAAAGAAAAAGAAGAAGGAAGGUCAAAAGUCAAAAGAAGAUUCUGUCGAUAUAGCAUCAUCGAGUCAAAAAGUACAUAGGAAUCACUCAGACAGACUGAGUAGAGAGGACAGCACAGCAUCAAAACGGAGGUCUCCCUCGCCACCUACGUCGCCGAAAAGAACACCUAAACUUUUUAGGAGAUUUUCUAAAAGAAAAAAGGGAGGAAGACCAGAAACCCCACUGACUGAAUCUUCUUCUUCAUCUAAAAGCACAAGCAGAAGCAAAAGUUUAGAAUUUGACGCUAUCCAUAAUGAAACACCGCCGAAUGGGGAUUCAAAAUCGAGCAGUUUACCAAUGGAAGUUAAUUUCUCAACAAAAUCAACCAGUGAGAUAAAGAACAAAGAAGGAAGAUCACAGCAGUCAGUUCAAUUCGAUUCGAUACCAACGGCAGGGAAAAGGAAUCGAAAAAAUUCGGAAGAAGUUGUUCGACCAAACACUUUAGAUCUUCCACAAAAGAAAAAACCUCAAUCAACGUUUAAAAAAUUUAAAAAAUUUAUUUUUGAUUCUUCUUCUUCAUCAUCUUCUGAUUCUGAAGAGGAGGAAUUUAGGAAUCAACGUAUUAGUGGAUCACAAAGCCGUCAAACAUCAGUAUCAAGAGGUCAUUCAUUACAAGAAGUUACAAGAAGACGAACUUCGAAGAAUUCGAAUCUUGAAGAACCAUCGGUUGAUGAUGUCAGAGACAGAUAUCAACAUAGAGCAACAAAAUCAAUGAGUGAUAUAGAUCCUAUCGACAAAAACUGCUCGGAAAUUGCACUCAAAUUGAGAAGAGUGGCUGAGCAAUAUGUAAUACAUUAUGGUGGACCAACUGGAAGGACUCAGACCCCAGAAUCUUAUAGACAUGAAUUACAUCGGGAGAUCAAACAUGGAAAGAAACCACCCGUGAAGAAAGCCGUUGCCCGUGCUGCGACACUUCCAACACCAGUACAAAGUCAUUCCAUGAAAGCUUAUUUGAACAUGAAAGAAGGAACAAGGAAUGUCAAUUUUUCGGCAGACUCUCGAUUGCAACGUAGAAUAACAAGAGACGAAAUUGAUCAUCGUCCAUCAAGGUCACUCGAUUCACCUCGUGGGUCAGAAAAUGGUGCAGGAUGGUCUGAUCGUAUUAAUAAGGAGCGAGCUCCACGGACGCAGGAAGUUCCAAAUGCUCGAGAACCAAGAUUAGAUCAUCAUGUUGGAACCAAACCUAAAGAUAAACUUGAUUCCUCCUCUGCUAUGCGUAGAUCUAAUGCCAUUCCGUCACCUCCGGCACAAUCAGGGCCUCCUCGGUCAUCCCGACAUCAUCACAGGCCAUCAGACAAUUUCCAAUCACAGGGAGCUUCAUCACCCGCACCUGAACCGACACGAUCGUCUUCUCCGCACUUACGAGCAUCUCGCUCGACAGAUCGACAUCGAGGGCCAUCACUCGAUCAACUUUCACACGAUCAUCAUGCACACAGACAUAUCGAACGACAUAUUGACAGAACCACCACUGUUUCUUCACCUGGCCGCACUCGACGGGUUGUAACUCACGUUGAUGUUUAUGAAGAUAUUGAAGCUGAUGCAUUGCCAAUCGCAGAGGAUCAGAAUGAUGGAGGUGACGAAGGUUUCGGAGCUGGUUUCGAUGAUGUUGCUGACGGACUUGACGACGAUACUGAGAUUGUAGAACAGGAAGAAACAACAACUACCACUGUGACUGAGGAAAUUUCCAAUUGUUCUGCCAGCAGACCUUUAAUAAGGCAAAGAGCUGCCACGUCCCCGGAAAUUCGUCCCUACCUUCCACUGGAAGACGAGGACAAUGACCUCGACAAUAUUGAUGUACCUGGGGCUGUUGGUGGUGUUGACCCAGAUGCCGAAAUUGACGAAGAUAAAUUGGUUGCAAAGAUUUUGGAAGCCUUAAGGAAGAAAGCUGAUCGAAUAGAGUUGGAAACUCCACAACUUGAAGAUGCAUUAAACAGGACUCUUGCUCGUUUAUCGAAAGAAAAAGUAAAAGAAAUCAUGAACCGAGCUUUAUCAACAAUUGCGGAAACAACUUCUUCACAUGUCAGACAUCCAGAAAUAGUUCAGAUUGCUCUCCUGUUCAAUAUGGCUCAACUAUUUGUUCGAGUGUCCACCCAACCUUCACUUUUGAGCGGUAUUGUCAACUCCAUCAUAAAUCCAAUCGUCGAAGGAUUUGGAGGCUGGUCGAGAGUACAAAGUAGCCUUGACGAGACAGAAAAAGAAAUGACAAAUCUGGAUAGUGAUGAACCAGGAACCAGUGGACUAACUAACUUCAACCAACAAAGAAGAAAAAGUGAUGUCAGUGACCCUGACAGUGAUUUGGAUUAAUUUAGCAAUUCGGUGAUAACAGUGAUCGAACAGUGGCAAUAUAUUGACAAUAGACAUGAAAAGAUGGAAAUUGUUCGUUUUCAACGGAAUACUAAAAUGAAGCAAAUCGUCCAAGUUAUUAAUGGAUUUAUGGCAAUCUUAUAGACUGGUUGAAAUAGCAUUUAUUCUAUAUCGGCCCGAUUACCAUGCAUGCGUCAAUGUGGAGAAUCACAGUCAGGACUUGUUUUGUUCCAUCAGACAAGAUAGUCUGACAACUGAAGAGCUAGUUGCCUUACAAUUACUGUAGAAAUAUUUUUGCAAUUUUUCUUUAUUUUUUGAUUGCUUUUAUUUUUAUAAUGUAUUUGAUCUUAUUGUUUUAUCAGUACUCUAAUAUUAGCAAGGGUUGUUAAUAGUACUGCCUAUUGUUAAUAUGAAACCAUUUUUUUGUUUAUACAUCAUAAGUAUGUACCAUGGAUGAAACAUAGUUUAUUUGUGGCACAUACUUGAUUUCUUUGUUUCAAGUUUGCUUUAUUUUCUUUUCUUUCUUUUUUGUUCCCUAUUUUGGUACGUUUUGCUUAUUUUCUGUGUUCAAGUUUUCUUUCUACUUUUUAUUGUUCCUUAUUUUUUUUCUUUCUGAUUUUAAUGUCUUAUUCCAUUUCAAUAAUUAUCUUUAUUAGUUUUAAUAAUAAAAAUCAGAGUACUGCCAAAUUUUUUUAUCCUCUAUAUAAUAUUAUAGUAUAUAAAUAAUAAUAUAUGUUUCAUUUUUUUUCAACUUUUUGUUCGUUUUUAUGUGACGGUUUUAAUGAAGUGAAAUAUUGUUAAAUAUAACUUUUUUUAACGAAUUUUUUUAUUGAAUGUAUUAACGUAGCAAUCCUGCCUCACCAAGGGUAUAAUAAAUUGCUUGGACAAUGCAGAACCAGAACUAUUCUAGUCCUUUCAAAUAAGGCUAGCCUCUUACAUAUCGUCAGAUAUCAGUGGCUUCUUGCACAGGGCCGUGUUCAGAGCGAAAAACGUGUUAAAAAUGUUGGUUGUUAGAUAAUCAAGGUGCCAUUUGAAGAAAUGUGCCAAUUCAAAUACGUCUUGUACUCACUAUUUAUAUGAGUCCUUUACUCCUCUGAGGGUUCUCCAGAAGUGUGUUUACCAAUAUGGUGAUAACUAAUUUUGUUCACCUACUUUACAUCAAGUCCUGUAAAACUGUAAAGGGACUGAAACCUAAGGGCUCGUAAUAGAACCACCGUAAAAUAAGGAAAAUCGGAAUUAACUUUUGGCCCAACCCUAACCUGGUACACACACUACAGAAGUACCCCUCUAAGACUCGUCAUCGUAAGAUUUUGAGUUGCAAAUGUUCAUAAUAAAGCUGCAUAUGUGCUGUGCUAUGUUGUUUUGUUGCCUAACUAGAAAAUUUCAUGCUUGUUAAUUCAAAUAAUUAAUUGAAAUAAAAUCAAAAGGUGUAAUAAUUUGGAAAUUUUUGAAUCUAAAAGAUGGAUAAAUUUGAAAGUUUUGAUUCAAUUGGCAGUGGCAACUAUUUCAUAAAAAAAAUUUAUGAUAUAAUAUAUACCAUCUGAAAUUGAUAAAAUAAUGCUUAAUCAUCGUCAUUUUACAAUUUAUCAGGACUAUCAUUUAACUACAUUUGAGUGCGAUUUGUUUUCUUUCAAUCAAAAUUCAUAAGUUAUAACAUACUUUGAGAUCUUUUUGUUGCACUCUAUUCCACUGGCCCUAUUCGGUACGUGUGCUGCUUUUGAAUGUAAACAUUUGUUAUAAUUGAAAAUUUGAUGUUAAGAUUUGUUUUUUGGUGCUAUAUCCCAAUUUUUUUUUACUGUCAUUGUUUGAAUUUAAAUUUACAACAAAUGUCUAGUUCCAUGCCCUAUUUACAUUAUUUAUUCUGUGAAUUACAAUCUUCUUGCGACAUGUAAUGUUACAAUGUCUGUCUAUGAUAUGAUGAAAAAAAAAAUUGAGUCAUUUGGAACAAAUUCUAUCAGAGAGCAUUAUUUUUGUACGUAGCGUUGUAGAUUACUGAUAACUUUUGGGUACAAUCAUUCACGAACAGAAAUUCAAGUGGGUAAAAUUUUUGGGCUCUUAAUUUUAAGUCACCCUUUAUUGUCAGAAAUAGUUGAUUAUCUGGUUUAUUGGAUUAAGUGACCAUCUGAGAUCUCUAUAUUCAGAUUUCUCAAUAUUUUAUUCAAAUUUUAUAACAUUUAUGUUUCAUCUGUAGAGUUUCACAAAAGCCAUGAUUUUACUGGGUCUUGGAAUGAUAGUUUUGGACAAUUACAGAUUUACAAUUCAGGGUUUUGAGACAGAAGCAGAAAUGUUAAAAUUUCCGAAAAACUUUCUUUUUCAAAUAUUACAAAAAAUUAUGUGCUCCCCAGAAAGUUUCCAAUCAGAGUUUCAAGCAAUAUCCACCACCAAGGUAUUUUGAUAAAAAGUUGGUGUUUAAAAAUUAAAGUAUAAAUUUAUUCUUCGUUUUCACAAAACGGAACACGAUUUUGGGAUUAAACCCUCCAAUUGUAUCAAGUUCAUUGCAUUAAUAGCCAUAGUUUCACAAGUUUCAGGGAGCACACUUUUGCUUUGAACAGCCACUAUGUAAACAGCCGUUUAUAUAUAGUUAGCUCCAAAAUUUGUGGCUGGUCCGAAUUUUUUUUUUUUCGAUAUCACUUGCCAAAUUCACAUUCGUUUGCGUUGGUAUCAAGUGCUGAAGCCAAAGUCUACAAUGCUAACAUGGCUGUAUGUAUGAAAUCGACCUUCUUUGCUAUUAUUGUUAUGAUGUCUUUAAUUUAUACAUGUUCCAGUGUAACUGGUUAUUGUCCUUGUAUAUUCUAUUAAAGCAUGCCAUAUUAUGUAUGGUUAGCUUUAUUUUUUCUGCAAUAGCUCUUUGACUUGUUAUUGCGUUUGGGUAUUUAAUAUCAAUGUAUUUUCUUCAUUUUUGUUGUGAGAAACAAUUCCCAUCUGUGUCUGCUACUCCAGACCUUUGGUUUGAAUAAUUGAAUAUAACAAUGGCUCUCGUUUAACAGCCACUCAUACAUAGAAAACUAAUAUUUUCAGAAUAUCCCAUGGUUCCAUUAUAGUAUAGCCACUUUGCAAACCUAGUAUGGAACUUGAAACAGAAAAACUCUAUCCAGCUGCACGAAGAAAAUCAUACCCACCUGCUGCAUCGCCAUUUUUUAUUAGCAUCUGACCCACUUAUCAGUUGAACUCUGGCUAACUGUAAUUAAUGUUUUAGUUAUUGUAGUGAUAUACAAUUUUUGCAUAAACCUGGAAUUUGUUUACUAAAAAUUGGUAAAAUUUCAGUAAAAUUAUUCUAUUUUCCUAUGUUAUUCUAUUUCUUGGUUUCAAUUUCUCCCAUCGCUGGUUUUGGCAUCAUUUAUUUUUUUGCUGUAAUUUUAAUAGUCAACACUGUGAUACUUAACGUUGGAUUUUUGCGUUUGGUCAUAUCAGCUCUAGUAUGAUCCAUGGUUAAUUAACUUGAUAAUAUGGUUGUGUCAUUGCUUUGAGGGAUAUGAUUCAAAAUCUGCUUUUUGAAAGCAAUCUCUUUUGUUAAAAGUGAUUUUUAUUUGUCUGUAAACUGUAAUCACGCAAAUAAAUUCAAAACUCAAAAGGGUAAUCGUUGA